GGUACGUACCGCGCAGUGGGGCCUUUGGAGAGCUCGCUCUGGAUUCAAGCCACAUCACAGGGACCGCUUCUACCGCCUUGUCAUUGUUAGCACUACCCAGCACCUCUGGAGUCUUAAGCUACCACUAUUUACCUACCCACUUGCGCCCAUCGACUUCGAGUUGCCCCUCGCCGCCGACCUUCUCCAAUCGAUACCAGCUUCAAGACGGCAAUUGUUCUAGGAACGAGAACCCCCAGAUAAUCAGUCAAGAUGUCGCCAGGAAUGUCGCUGUAUAGCGUCAACGCUAUAGUAAUCCUCUCCAGCGAUGACGGUUCGCGGAUAUUCUCCAAGUACUACACUCCUCCUCACGCUGCCGCUGGCGCACCAGGAACAGGAGUGGCCGCCGGACUCGCUUCCUCAAGCGCUUCCCAGAACCCCUAUCCCGACAAGACUUCUCAAACCCGUUUCGAGAAGGGCCUCCUUCAGAAGACAGCAAAGCAGACCGGUGAUAUCCUCCUCUACGACAACAAGGUGGUGCUCUACAAAAUGGAGUCGGAUGUUGCUAUCUACGUCGUUGGUAGCGCGGACGAGAACGAAGUUCUUCUCUACAACGUACUUUUGGCGCUUAGGGACAGCUUGCAUAUGCUCUUCAAGCAAUCGAUCGACAAGCGCACAAUAGUCGAAAACUACGAUCUCGUGUCCCUCGCCAUCGACGAAAUCGUGGACGACGGCGUCGUUCUCGAGACCGAUCCUACCAUUAUCAUUCAGCGAUGCAGCAAGGCACCACCUGCGGAUGUCAACCUUAGUCGUCUCGACCCCUUCACCGAGCAGGGUGUCAACAACUUGGCACAACUAGGCAAGGCUAAGCUUACCGACUGGCUUCGUCAGGGUCUCUAAGGGCAUAUGUUGGUGGAUAAUGACCAAGGAAAGAGAGUGCGGUUGUGAGCAAUCAAGGUGAAGUUGGCGUAUAGGUUCGUUGAAGAAUCAUAGGGCCUUUGUGUAGGCGGGGCCUCCUUAUAGCAGAGUAAUGGGCCAUGCACACAUGAAGAAAAAGACACACAGAAGGCCAACAAAUGAUGGGUUAGCAGAAAACAGGAGUUAU